AGAUAAAAAAAUAAAGUGUUCAGAAGGCCCACCAUGCACAAAUUGCAAGAAAAAGGGGAUUAAUUGCAUUUAUGUGCCUGGAAAGAAACGUGGUCGGAAAGUGAAACGCGAAAAAACUGAGUCCUCAGUAAAUAUUGAUGAAAAGCAAGAAGAAGAUCCACAAGGAUCAUAG